AUGGCCUGGGAGGGUAUGGUACAUGCCUCUUGGAUGGCUUCUCACGCAAUCCCAAUAAUCUUAGGAUCCGACAAAACUCCCAUAACGCGACUUACCGGAGGAAUUGAGAUGCACCCGGUCUUCGUUACCAUCGGUAACAUUGAUUCUGAGGUUCAUUCCAAAGCAACAUUACGAGCUUGGCGCUGCAUAGCCUACAUCCCUGUCGUCAAGUUCCGUGUCCAUCCAGAUUACCAGUCUAUUCUCCAAGCCAGACUGUGGCAUAAGUGUAUGGACCUUGUUUGCGCCAACCUCAAGGCCGCAGCGAAGGAUGGCUGCUUUAUGCCCAAUCCUUCCCGUUACAUUUGUCAUGUGUUUACGCCGCUCGUCGCUCAUGUGUGCGACCUACCAGAGGCUACUAUGAUUGCUGCAGUCAGCAAAAACUCAUCCCCACUGACUAUGACAACACAAGCGGAUUUUGGCAAUGGAAUUCUCCACCCCCCUCGUAUCACUCACAUUAAUCAGAUGACAGGCCGCGAGCAUAGAGACAUCCAACGCACUAUCGUUGCAUCAAUCGCAGGGGUCGUUCCACCCAGAUUCAUUCAUGCAAUUCGUGCCCUCAUGGAGUUCUUUUACCUCGCACAGAAUCCGGUUCACUCACCUCAAUCACUUCAGUCAAUGGUUCAGGCGCUUUCAGAUUUCCACUCUUUCAAGGACACUAUUGUCCAGGCCGAGGCAAGGAAGGGGAAGAAGGGUAUCAAAGAGGAUUUUUUCAUCCCCAAACUCGAGCUUCUGCAGAGCUUCGAUGGUACAAUUAAGAAAUUGGGCACUUUGAUGCAGUUCUCUGCUGACGUGACGGAGCGGCUACUUAUCACACAUUGCAAGGACCUUUUCCCGCGGACGUCCCAACAAAUCAAAGAUUUUAUGGAGCAGUGCGUGCGGAUUCUUAAUCGCCAAGAAUCUAUGGAAAUGUUCGGCCUGUACACGCUGCUGACUUCUCGUGGGGCGUCACUGGUUAAUGCCAUACAUGCCGAAGAUGAAGAUAUCACAACUACCAAUCCUGCACUCUCCUGGGUUUCCCGAGUUCUUCCUGAUGAAGUCAGGUCAAUCCAUGGUCCCCGACCAGUCCGUAAUCACUUCCUCAAAGGUAUUCUCUCUGAGGAUGCGCUCACCACUUUUCAACUCAAUGUCGCACCUGAUUACAAAUCACUCUCACUGUCUGAAAUACGCAGGAAAUAUGCAGUCCUCGACUUUGAUCGUGCGCUCGCCAACUUCAUUUGUCAUUCCUCGGUUUCCAGUGGUGAACAUUCCCGCUGGGACCCCAAAUAUGGGCGUUUCCAGGUAUGGCACAAGUUUCGAUUGCAACUUCACUCGGCCUUCCAGCCGCGAGUCAUCAUGCCAAGUCGGGUGGUGCAAGCAUACCCACCAAGCGAUGAUUUCCCCUUGGGAAAUUGUGAUUCUGUUCUCAUUGAUGCCAUGGGCACUAACGGCAAAAUGACGAGUUAUAUCGCACAGGUUCAACUCAUUUUUCAACCAAUCGUUCGACGAGGUUCCAACCUGGAACUACCGUUGUAUCUCUCCGACCCACUGCUCUACAUCCAAUUUUUCUGCUUCAUUUCUAGCCCUGAUGAUCGUCCCGAGCUCACGAUGUGGACUGUGGAGCGCGCAUACACGCAGGACGAAAACGGUAACCACUAUGUGACGCAUGCAGUUGAAUUAAUUCCAGUUUAUGGCGAGGCAGUGGCUAACAGCGUGUCCUCUGCGACUUGUUUGGAACACUAUGAAUGUUUCUUUCUGAAUAGCUUCGCGGACAAGGAGAGUUAUCAUAUGUUCAGUACCAAGUUUGUAUAG